GCGGGCUGAUAUCUCUGCGCUCUGCCCAGCUGUCACCUCCGGCAUUGGUCCACCAAGCAGACACACGUAGGCACGCAUCCGACCAACCCCCUUUUUUUCUCCGUCAGAUUGUAGAGCCGGCAAGCGGGCGGCGGGACAGCCAAAGCAGGCAGCAAACAGCGACAAACCGCUGUUGCAGCAGCAGGGACCGGACAGUCAGGAUCAAGGUCUUACAAGUGUCUUGUCUGCAGCCAGGUGUGACAUUGUGCUGAGUCCCCCUUACUGUGUGCAGCAGCACCAUGGCAGCUAUGGGACCAGAGAACAGUGCUGGAACGGGACCAGGCAGGAUGGCGGCCUACCGGGUGGGACAGCAGGACGGCGUGCCAGCAACGACGCACAGCAGAAGGGAGCUUGGUACCCACCAGACUCUGGUGCAUACCCAGAGCUGCGUCAAGACUGAGAAGGUGUUUGACCAUCAUCACAGGACCAAGACGUCAGGCUGGGGCAACUUUGCUGCUCCGCUGCAGAACAUGGGAGCCGCUGCGCAGCCGAACAACGUGCCAACCAGAGGAGAGGCUCCAUACAGCUUCCGGAGCCCGGAGUCUGUGGAUAUGGAUGAGAUAAUGGCAGCCAUGGUUCUCACCAGUUUGUCCUGUAGCCCAGUGGUGCAGAGCCCUCCACAGACACAUGCGGGUCCAGCUGGAUCGUCCUCAGCUGUCGACAUGGAGAGUGGCGGCGGCGAGCUCUCUGACAGUGGCAGCAGCGGCUACUGGAGCUGGGACCACGGCAGCGUGAGCCCGGCCCCCUCGCCGUCUGUCACCGAGGUGGACAGCAGCCCCGAUGAAGGCCUCCACAUGGAGCUGGAACAGGGCGAGGAGCUCACUGCCAAAAAGCCAAAGAGCUCUCUGCGAAGUGUGUAUAAGUGUCUGUGGCCCAGCUGUGGCAAAGUGCUAACCUCUUCUGUUGGAAUAAAAAGACACAUUCGUGUGAUGCACCUGGGUGCAUCAGAUGAGUCCCAGAGAGAGGAGGACUUCUACUACACCAAGAUCUGCUGUGAGACCAUCGAGGCCAGUUCUGCUCCCAGUCCAGCCCAGCAGUCUCCUAGCCAGCCCUCUUCUGCUCUUCUCAGCUGGGCCUCAUGUGGUUCUCCUCCAGGAUCGGAGCUCCAGAUCCCCGUAACUCACAGGCCCAGGUCCAACUCCAGCUCUUUGCCAGGUCCAAGCAGGCCCUGUCCACUCAGCCAGUCGGCCCCCAGCAGCUUCUGGCAGAUCCACACUGAGCAUCUCUAUCAGGCCUGCAGCCCUAUCCAGGUAUCUGUGGUCCCCAGAAGCCCGUGCAGUCAGAGUUGGACCCCCUCUGCCUCGGUAUCUGCCCACAGCAACACUCCGACGCUGAAGCCUCGCUGUCGCUCAGUCAGUGUCGGAGAACAGUGGCUGCAGCAGAACAGGCUGCAGCCAAUGAGCGCGUCUCCCUCACGCACCCACUGCUCCUUCAGGAAGGGCCGCGGAGAGGCCAAGAAGUGCCGCAAGGUGUACGGGGUGGAGCGCAAGGACCAGUGGUGCACCGCCUGCCGCUGGAAAAAGGCCUGCCAGCGCUUCCCCGACUAGUCUCAGCUGUGUGACGGAUGGACGGAUGAGUGUAAACAGAGACUUAUAAAAAAGAAAACAAGAACAUAAAUCAGGGCAUGAGAGCCAUCAAGAAAAAUUAAAUACCUUGUGUUUUCCUUCUUUUUUUCUUUCCUAAAAGAAAUGCAGAUGGACUUUUGUGUAUCUUUGUAUCUUGAUCCUUAACGCUGAAGUUUGAGAUGGUGCUGUUGACUGACUUUGACCAUGUGAUGUGCUAAGCCCUCUCUUCCUUUUUAUAUCCAAAGGUCAUAUUACUGCCCCUGUAGCUCCACUGUAUCCUUACACUGCUACCUGGCUGUUUCCUUUCUUCCAGUCUUCUCUUCCAGUGAUUACACAGUGGUUAUGAUGUACAUUAUAUUGUGUGCUCUGAGUUCUGUACGAACAUUUUAUACCUUUUUGUUUUUUAUUUUUUUAUCAUCUCGUUUAGCCUGUGUAAUGGGCUGACCGAUGUUGUUUUUUAAAUGUUUUUUGGCACUUUGUUGGAAUAUUAACUCACAAGAAUAAGCUACAUUUGGUUUGACUCAACCAAGUUCCUUCAAUGAAGUUGAUUUCCUUCCUGCCCACGCGUCGGCACACAACCAGUGUUAAUGGUUUUAUCCGUGAAGGUAUGUUUGGAGUCAUGGCAGUGGGAAUAGCAUUGGGGGAAUAAGUUUGUACUAGAGGAAAUAUAUUGUCCAACACAAUAAAAAGCACUGAGAAUUUCUGA